AUGACAAUCAACCCAACAUAUCUGGCGCAGGCGUCGCGGUCAUCCGUCAACUGGGGAGAUGCGCGCCGACGCGUCCUGAAAUCAUACCGCGAAUGGCUUAGGGCUGGUCCUGAGAUACAACAAAUGUACUCGCUGAACAUGCCUGUGUCGAAGGUCCGAACGAAGGUCAGACAAGAAUACGAGAAGCACAGAUACGUCAACCAGUUGCAGGCGGUGGAUGUGCUUCUACAGCAGAGCAACGCAGAGUUCCAGGAAACAUUAAACUUCUGGAAACAACAAACACAUGUCAUGAAAUACUGGAGGGAUGAAGAGGAUGAAAAUGCCAGAUUACCCAAGAACUUCAUAUCCGGCUUCCUCGAGGGACGGAAUUGA